GUUACCCACAUAGAGAAGCAGUUCUGAUGGCACACAUGGCCCAGUGGAUUACAGUGUAUGUUCCCUUACAUUUUUUUGUCUUUAGAUCUCUCCCCUGCUUCCUCCGGCUCUGGGAACUUCAGCCAGCUCACACCAGACUCCGCCACCAGCCCCCAUGCAGCAUCCCCUUCCCCACAACCUACUCCCAAGUCCCAGAAGGGUGGGGAGAAAAGUACCGGAGAGGUGAAAAAGGCCAAGAGCCGUACGGCCUUCUCCAAGGAGCAACUGCAGACCCUGCACCAGCGCUUUCAGAGCCAGAAGUACCUCAGCCCCCAGCAGAUUCGGGAGCUGGCUGCUACACUAGCGCUCACUUACAAGCAGGUGAAAACCUGGUUCCAGAACCGAAGGAUGAAGCUGAAGAGAUGUCAGAAGCAUGGCCUGUGGGCAGAGCGGGCUCAGAGUCUCAUGCAGAAUGGGUUCCACCCCAGUGGCUACCUGGAAAUGCACCCCAAAUUCCAUCAGGGCUACCCAAUCAGCACGGCUGGAAACAUCCAAGCGAUGGGCACCUCACGUCAGAACUAUGGGCCCAGCCAGAAUUCAUAUGCAUUUGUAGCCAGCGAUGACGGGGGAGUCUUCAGCAAAGCUGGGGGUGCCUGCAGUGUCCAACAGACAGUGGGGUUCAUUGCCCAGCACAAAGUAGACUUUUAUCAUGGCUUCCCUGGAACUGUGGAAUACACUGGCACAAAGACAGGAGAUGGCUAUAGCUUCCACCAUGCCUCUGCUGCUGUGACUUCUUUCCCAGGCACCUCUGGGCACCAUCUAUAUCACACCUAAAUGGGACGGAUGCAGAAGAUCUAAGCAACUGUGACUCAGCUUCCUUUUCUCUUCCUUUCUUUGUACCUCUUGUGCUCUCUCUGUGUGGCGGUAGCUCUACAGCUGUGUACCUUUCUUACAACCAGACACUCUCGCUUAUGCCCACGUACAGACUCCCACAAGCUCAUUUACAAAAACCAGUGUGCAUCUACCCAUAACCAUCUGCAAACUUGCAUGUAUUUCCUGUGCAGCAAGUUGAGAGGUUUACUUAAAAGACACAGCCCAGCUCAACCAGAAGUGGUGGGUUUGAUGCAGGAAUUGUUGGGCAGUUAUAUAAUUUUCCCUUCUUGUUCUUGGUUUACUGCAUCUCGGUGAUGAAGCCAAGGGAUCCAAGAUGCUUCUAAUAUGGCAAACAAAAUAAAAGGGGAUUAUUAUUUAAUUUUAUUUCAGUUUUGCUCCCUGGCUGAAGUAUUUUGAUUUGUCUGUAUUUAGCACAUCUGAACAAAGAGCAGGCUAUUGUAACUUGGAAAAUUAUACUGUAGAAAGAGUAACCAACCAUGCCUGCCAUAUUCCAUUAUUAUGGAUUUGUAUCCCAGGGUCACUGGAAGGAGUGUCCCAUGAGCUCUAAUACCAAUUCAGCUCCACUGAUGUUGGAAACACUGGGAAUCUUAAUGUAAGUGGGCCAAAGGUAACUGCAACAUUUUAUGAACCUCUUCAUUUAGGUCUGCACUACACAACAUUAGAUGAUGCAUGAACCAGGUUAAGAUAUAAAUAUGCUCCAGAUGCUUCAGGACGGUUUCAAAGGGAGUUUAAUAAUUCAGUAGGAUUUCAGUGGAAAUUUUAUACCUAAAAGUAUCUUUGAUCAGGGCCCCAGCUGUUGGAGUCAUGUGAUAUACAUCUAUCUCAUAUUCAUAUAUCUAUUUGGUGCAUGUGCGUAUUUGGUAAUGGAACUCAACUUUAAGUGGAACUUUUUAGCUUUCACAGUUGCAAAGCAAAGCUUUGAAACAUGACCUGAAUUGAACUUGU